UCUGAUGUAUCUAGUCACCCUGAAUUCCACCCCCUCGAAUUCCGGAACCUCAAACUUGAGGCUGUGUGCCUCGAGUGACCAGGAUCAGGUUCUGGGGGGCUGCGGUUUUGGCAAGGGGGGAGAUGGCGCAGGGUGCUACCUGGGAGCUGGACCUGGGUGCGCAAGUGUGGACGAGGGGCCGGGCGAGGGAGCGCCUGUGGGCGGAGAGCGCGCGGGAGGAAGGCGGGGACCCAGCCAGGGCGGGCGGACCGGCGAGCGGCCGAGCAGACAGUGCCGGCCCCGCGCGAGCACCCGCUGGCGCUGGACGGCGGCUGCAGCAUGAGUGGCCCCCAGCCCGCUGCCGCGCCCAAGCUGGGCCCAGACAAAGAGGCCGGAGGCCCGGCAGCAGAGGCUAUGGUGGGUGCCCGGGAGAAGGGCCCUCGGCUGGGCCAGUGGCUGCCCUCGAUCGUGGUGGAGCCCAGCGAGCUGGGUGUGGUGGAGAGCGGGGAGCUGCGUUGGCCUCCAGAGGGCUCCCAGAGGGGGUCUGCACAGAGCCAGGCUGCUGCUGCCCCCUCACCACGUCCACCAGGAGCACCGGGGGAGGCUCCAGCUGACGCCAAUGGCGAGCAUGCCAACUCCACGGGCCAGGCCCCCUGCGCCCAGCCGUAGGACAAGGACCGGCCGGAUCCUGCCGUCGCCAGGCUCUGACAGCUGAGAGGGGGCCUCUGCCCCAGAGGGGCUAGGUUGACCCUUCAAGAGGCCUGGGCCUGCCCGGGCACCCAGUGGGCACAGCCGACCACCACCCCUCCUGCCUCACCAGGUCCACCGCCCACCCCCCCGCCCCCUCCUGGCCACGGCCCAGGGUUUGGGUCACACCCCUCCUGCUUCUCUGGAGGGAAGCACAAAUAAAGGCUCUUCCUGGUGGUCA